AUGUCGAACAUUCAGGAGAAACACACCAAGGACAUCGACUACGUCGAGAAUUGCGCCGAUGGCAGCGAAGUCGCCAACCCCGACGUGAACAACACCGUCGACCAGUUUGGGUCGCAGACGAAGAAAGAUGCUCGUGAGGUCAGACUCAUUCGCAAGCUGGACUGGAUCAUCUUCCCAUGUCUGUGGGUCAUGUACUUUUUCAACUUCCUCGACAGAACCGCCAUCACGGUCGCGAAGCUUGACAAGUUGGACAAGGACCUAGGCAUCUCGUCUGUACAGUACAAUACCUGCAUAUCGAUUCUCUUCGUCGGAUACGUGAUCCGUCCCUCUUUGUUCAUGGCAGGCUGGAUGGCUCUGUGGUCAGUCACCAGCACGCUCACGGGCAUCACGCACAACUACGUCGGUCUCUUCCUCACGCGCUUCUUUCUCGGCAUCUGCGAAGCUCCAUUCUACCCUGGAGCACUGUACAUGCUGUCCAUGUUUUACACGAAGAAGGAAGUCGCCACGCGUAUCUCCAUUCUCUUCACUGGCAGUAUCUGUGGCGUCGCCUUUGCUGGGCUGAUCGCCAUAGGCAUCUUCGAAAUGGAAGGGGUCGCAGGUCUGGCCGGAUGGCGAUGGGUCUUCAUUCUCCAGGGAAUUGUGUCCUUUGGGGUAGCAGUCGCGUCGGCAUUCAUCCUACCAGACGAACCAACAACCACGUGGUGGCUAUCUGAAGAAGAAAGAGAAUUGGCAAACGAUCGAGUAGUGAGGGACACCGUGGAGAUACGUGCCGGCACCAGCACCUGGAAAGGGUUGCAGGAGGCUUGUCGUGACUACAGGAUGUGGAUCAUCGUGUUGAUGCAGCAUCUUCACAUUGCAGCCAGCAACUUCAAGAACUUCUUCCCGACGAUUGUGGGAACGUUGGGAUUCGGUCGUAAUACGACGCUGGCAUUGACGUGCCCACCAUAUCUUUUUGCUGGCGCGGUGUCGAUUGUUUACGCAUGGAACUCAGGCCGAAUGAACGAACGAACUUGGCAUAUCACUAUCGCCAAGCUGGUUGCUAUUGCUGGCUUCAUCAUGGCGUGUGCCACACUGAACACUGCUGUACGAUACGUCGGCAUGUUCUUCUUCGCCAUGGGAGUCUACAAUUGCCAGGGCAUCCAGCUAGGAUGGAUGGCAAGUACUUGUGGUCAGACAAGGGAAAAGAAAGCUGUUUCACUUGCCAUGGCAAAUAUGAUUGGCAAUAUUGCUACAAUCUAUACCCCAUAUCUCUGGCCAGCUUCGAACGCCCCAAGAUACGACAUACCAUUCUCUGCAAGCGCUGCCUUCUCCGUAGGAGUUAUCAUCUGCGCAUGGGGCUUGAGAUACUGCCUGAAGAGAGAGAACAAAAGGAUCCAACGCACCGAGCCCGAAGGUGUAUUGCUCUAUGCCUACUAG